AUGGAAAACUUCGAAGCGAAUGCGGCAAAGUUCAUGGAAGUUGCCUCGGUUUCCGGGCAUAAUCCGGUCGUCAUCCCUGACCUCGUCAAACGGUUUCAGUCCAUCGUCCACCACCUGGAGCAGACCAAGGGCCAGUUCGAAUCCAAGUCCGAAGCCAUUGAUCAGGAGCGCCAUGGCCUUGAAGAAAAGGCCGCCCAGGCUGGCAAUGUCGCGGGCAAGCUUGACGAACUGGGCAGGCAGCAUGGUGGCAUCAUUGAUGCCAUUGCUAAAUCGGGACAGCAACUUCUGGCCGAGACUUCACACGGCCUCUCUACCCAGGGUGAUCGCAUCGUGCAUGCGAUUGCCGAAUCAUGGAAGGCUGUCUCCGACGAUCGCCGCAGGCGAACCGAUGAACUCGAGAAAGAUCUACUAGUCGCCAAGCGCGACAUUCAAGACCUGACGACGGCGCUUGCCCAAAGAGAUAGAGAGCUGGAGCAGUGCCGUGAUGCGUUGCGCGAUUCCCAGGAGAAAGGCACAAAGCUGCAGGAAGAGGCCAUCGCCGCCAGAAGUCAGGAAGCCUUGGCAUCUGUUCUCCGUAUUCAGAUGCAAGACAUGCUACGCGGCAGAGUCGGCAAUGAGGUGCCUGACAACAUGGUCGCGACGCGGCGGAGUGACCAUCCGGUUGAAGUUGAACGCGCUGCUACUGAUUUGACGCGAGAGCCCCCUGCGCAGGCGGAAGCCAGUCGCAAGCGCCCUCGUCUCUCCAGCUCAAACGAGGAGGCGAGUAGCAUAUCGCAGUACUUCACCGAUCUUGCAGAGGAGACUAGGUCGCUGCAUGCGGUCGAGGACGACCAGUUUGACUUGAUUCGCGUCAUUUCCGUAAUGACCGCCACUCUGACCCAAAAAUGGUCUCACAAGCGCAUACAAAAUUUUAUGGAGUUCAUGAACUUUGCCCGUCUUGAUAACUGGUACUGUUGUAAGAGGGUUGUUGAACGUGGGCUAGAAGCACCUAGAGUCCCUGACCGUGCAGUGGAGACAGGAAAGUGCGAGCCUCAUGACAAGAAGUGCGGGUCUCAUGAUAAGAAGUGCAUGUUCAUCAUGGUAAACAUGCAUGGAAACCAGAGGAAGUUCCGGUUCUCGAGAAACCCUUGA